AUGACCAUGAAAAAUCACGCGAUCAAAAGUGUAGACGUGUCCAACGAAGGAAGUUGCAGAGUAAUGUGUUAUAUGGAGCCUAAUUGUGUGUCCAUCAAUAUUGGACCUGUUGCAGGAGGAAACCAAAAAUGCGAGUUGAAUAACGCCACGGUCGAAAACCAUGCUCCAUUUCUUCUCGUGAAGAAUCCGGGUUACACAUAUCUUGCAAUCGAGAAUCUAUGCAGCAGCAGCCCAUGCUUAAACAAUGGCACCUGUCAAGCUGGAUUCACCAAUAAAGGAUUUCGUUGUGUCUGUCAGGAAAAAUUCACUGGAGAAACCUGCCAAGUUGAAGCUGUCAAAAGAAACUGCGCAGAAAUCUACAAAUCCGCGGGUAAACCAGCUGACGGUGUCUACGCCAUUAAACCUGAUAAUUUGCCUGCCUUUGAUGUAUUCUGUGACCAAACAACGGAGGGUGGAGGAUGGACUGUGUUCCAGAAGAGAAUGGACGGCUCGGUUGAUUUCUACCGCUACUGGAACGACUACAAACGUGGCUUUGGUGACCUGUGUGGUGAGUUUUGGCUCGGACUGGACAAGAUUCACCGCUUGACCUCAGAUGAUAAUAACACGCUGCGUGUGGAUUUUGAGGACUUUGAAGGAAACACAGCUUAUGCUGAGUAUAACUUGUUUGGUGUUAUGAGUGAGAAAGACAAGUACAAGCUGAUCCUUGGUUCUUAUUCAGGAAAUUCUGGUGACUCUCUUACCAAGCAUCGCGAUAUGCAAUUCACCACUAGAGAUCAAGAUAAUGACAUUCGGAUGGAUCACAACUGCGCCAUUAAGUUCAAAGGAGCCUGGUGGUACAAUAAGUGUCACAGCUCAAAUCUCAAUGGCUUGUAUCUUCGUGGCAAUCACUCCUCCCAUGCUGACGGAGUGAACUGGAAAGACUGGAAAGGACAUCAUUACUCCCUCAAGAGAACCGAGAUGAAAAUAAGACCAAAGGAUUUCUGA